UUUUGUUAAAGACCGGAACACCCAGCAGUACUUCCUGGCUAUCGAACAGCGUCAGCUGGAUCCUGUACCUGAUGCUGUCCCCUGCGCCUCCAGGUGGGCGGGGCCUGAAGGUGGACGUGUGGACAGACAAGCGUCCGCGCUCCUUGGACGAGAUCUGGAGCUACAACCAGAACACGAGCGGUUACCGGGCCCAGUGGAUCGACGCGCUGCCGCACGUCUUCCCCAGGGAAGACGAGCUGUUCGCCUCUCGGACCAGCGGCUUCCUCGUUCCGCCGCUCAGCGGGAACUUCAACAUAUACCUGCACUGUGACGACAGGUGUGACCUGUACCUGAGCAACUCCAGCCGGCCAGAAGACAAGGUGAAAGUGGCCUUCCAGCCCAGAUAUGUCGGAGACUUCUUCCAGCUGGAGUCCCAGAAAUCCGAAGUGCUUUUCCUGGAGAAAGGAAAACCGUACUACCUGGAGCUCCUGCAGCAGGAAUAUUACGGCAUCGCGUCGCUCAACAUCGGCCUGUUCCAGGAGGAAAGCUCCUUCACUGCAGCGCAGGCGGACGGCGCCGUCGAUGAAGUCCAGGACGUUGUGGCUGAAUAUGAAGCCUUUGACGAGGAGCAGGUGCUGACCUUUGACUCGUGGUCCUCUGGGGUCGCAGCCGUCAGGGAGGUGCAGAAGGUCAGCGUCAGCAGCGGCUGUGCCAGCCAUCUUUGUGGCAGCACCUUCUUCAGCCUGCGCUACGGGAACGCCCAGACCGGACCCGUCCCUGUGAGCGCCUCCGCGGAGGAGCUACAGGCGGCUCUGAACAACCUGUGGUCCAUCAAACCUGACAGCGUCACCGUCACCAAGCAGGAGGACGACCAGGGGUCUCACUACACCGUCACCUUCAACUCGGACAGAGGUGACUUUGCCCCUCUGAACUUUGAGGUCUUCGGCUCAGAGGUCACCAACGUCUCCAUCUCAGAGGUCACCAAGGGUCAAAGCAACAUGGCGGCCUUCACUCUGAGUUGGGCCGGGUUUCCUGCGGCACCCGUUGUCUUCAACGCCACUGCGUCCGAGGUCCAGUCCGUCCUGGAGGACCUGAUGAAGGCUGAUUGUCCCGCCGAGGUUCUGGCCUCUCAGGGCACCAACGUCAAGUACUUCAACGACUUUGAGGACCCUGGGUUCACCGCCGCUCAGAGUGGGACUCCUGAGGACCACUCCGGGUUCUGCGGGUUCCGGUCACUGAAGAACGCAGACGCUCUGUUCAGGCAAACCUUCACCAAAGAGUCCGGAGGACAGUAUGGACCGGUGUCCCUGGACCAGCACCCGACCCUCUGCUUUGCCUAUAAGGGACGUCUGAGGGACGAGAUGGGGCUGAAGUUCAGCUACAGCGACAGCAGCGGUCAGACCCGGACCCAGAGCUCCCGGAUCAGCACCGCGUUCAGCAGCGGGGACAGGUGGAGCUACAAGUGCGUUGACCUGCAGAGCGCCGUGCAGAGCGCCGUGGGCGGCAGCAGGGUCCUCCUGCAGGAGCUGCUUCUCUACAGAGACGCAGACUACUACGUGGACGUGGUUCACAUCGGGAAGACUCCGACUGCCAUGGACGAGAGCGGUGCGGGACAAACGUCCUCCCAGUUCAGCUGCUGGGAGCUCAGGGGCCUCAUGCAUAAAACGCUGCGCAGUUUUCACACUAAAACUUUGGUUUGGUGCAGAACAAAUAUCAUAAAGACGCACCUGGCUGCUCACCUGUCCUUUAUUCACCCUGAUCAGCAGGAAACAGCAGCUGCUGCUCCGAAACACGAUAUGUCGGGUUUGAUUAAUCUUGUUUCUUCUUCUCUGUGUCUAAAGAUGUCGAACAGCAGUGAGGAUUUCGCCGAGUUCACUUCCGGAGGCGCCGCGAUCACCGUGACCCGGCCCCGCAGAGCCACGCCCCCUCUGAGCGGCACCUUUGAUGUGGAGAUGUACAGCGGACGGGCAGAAGGCCUCCCUGUGGACGUCAGUGCGGAGGACCUGAAGUUCGCCCUGCAGGGCAUCCCCGGGGUGGGCCAGGUGAAGGUGGAGGACCUGGGCACCUGUAGGCUUCCCAAGUGGAGGGUCACCUGGCUCAGCAGGCCUGGAGCCCAGCCGCUCAUGAAGGUCGACGACUCGGCGGUCGUCGGGAACAACGUGAACUUCGUGGUCCAGGAGAAGACGAAGGGAGGGCUGCUGACCCGGGGCUUGACCGGGGACUUUUUCCGGGUUUGGGAAACAGAGCCGCAGGUGGAGGUCUACAUCAACGGCAUUCCCUCCAACUGCUCCGGACGCUGCAGCUUCCGCUGGUCGGAGGAGGAGACGCCGGUGGUGACGGGGAUCAGCCCGACUCGAGGAUCCAAUGGGCUGGGAACGCUGAUCACCAUCACUGGAUCAGGAUUCAGCUCGGAAAAUGCUUCCAUCAUGGUGGGAAGCUCCAGGUGUGUCGUUGAAGAGGUCACAGCUUCCUCUCAGGUGUGCAGAGUGGGCGGAGCCAGCGCAGGAAGCUACCCAGUGUCCGUUAACUUCCCGUCUCUGGGCAACGCGCGCUUCGCCGCCGACCGUGUCCUCUACUUCACCCAGCUGCUCAUCGUGUCUUCGCUCUCGCCGACCUCUGGGGGCGCUGCAGGCGGCACCCUGCUGACGGUGAGCGGCUUCGGCCUCGGACACGUCGCCACGGUAAUGGUCGGCGGCGAGGACUGCGAGGUGGUGAAGGCAGCCGACACCGAGCUGACCUGCAGAACCCCAGCAGGAGCUGCGGGGUCACAGGUCGUCACGGUAACGGUGGGAAACAUGAGCCAGACCGCAAACGCCACCUUCACCUACGAUGAUGACCUCACAGCUCAAAUCUGGAGCCUGAGUCCUCAGACUGCCUUUGUGACAGGAGAUCAGCUUCUCACCAUCCAGGGUUCGAACCUCGGAGGGCGGAGCAACAACAGCGCCGUGUUUGUUGGAGCGAAAGAGUGCGUCCCCACCCAGUGGAGCGAGACGCAGAUCAGCUGCCGCCUGCCUUUGCUGCCCCCUGGUGUCUACCAGGUGGAGGUGCAGGUGGGGAACAGAGGGUUCCCCUGGGCCAGCGUCAACACCAGCAUCGAAUACAUCCUGGAAGUCUACAGCAUUUCCCCGCUGGCCGGCUCUUUGAUGGGAGGAACCACGCUGACGGUUUCUGGUUCCGGUUUCAGCAGCGACGCGGCUAACAUCCAGGUUUCUGUUGGAAGCCGAGCCUGUGAGGUGGCGUCCGCCUCGGGAAACCAGCUGCUCUGCACCGUCCAGUCAGAGGAGAAGACGCACGUCGUCACCAACCAGGGCUCCCACCUCACUUACGGACCGGGAUACGCUUGGAGCCCGUCUUCGCUGCGAGUGCUGGUUGGCGACACAGUGAGGUGGCGGUGGGAGGCUCCGGCCUUCCAGAGCGUCGGGUACCGAGUCUUCAGCGUUUCCAGUCCCGGUGGCUCCCAGUAUGAAGGAGGAGCUCUGAACAGCGGCGAGGCCCCAACUGCCGAAGGGUUCUUCAGCUACCGUUUCGCCGUCCCCGGUACGUACUACUACAGCAGCGGCUACGUCGGCGCCUCCAUCCUGAUGCAGGGAGUCGUGAGGGUGGUGAGUCGGGAGGACACGAACGCCGACGUCUCGGUCAGAGUGGGAGGCGUUCUGGCCAGAUAUCUGCCUGAAGGUUCAGCCAGAGUCUCCAGAUCCGCAGCCGGCUGCGCGGCGUCCACACGCUGCCCGCCGGCCAAUCAGACUUCAGACGGCCUUUCCUUCAGCUUCUCCGCCUGCUCCACCCCCACCGUCCGCUCCAUCUCCCCCACCCAGGGCUCCUACCACCAGCUGAUCCACAUCCAGGGACACGGCUUCAGCGACGUCUCCUGCGCUAACGAGGUGACGGUUGGCGGUGAGCCGUGUCAUGUGACCAACAGCUCCUGGUCCGGGAUCAGCUGCCGGCUCGGAUCCGGCUCAGAGCUUCCAGUCGGCGUCGCUCUGCCCGUCGCCGUCAGAGUCAACAACUUGGGCGCCGCCGUUGUGGCCAUCUCUGAUGAGUUGGAGCGUCGCUUCGUGGUCCUGCCGGUGGUCGACUCGGUGGCGCCCCCUGUUGGGAGCUCCACCGGCUUCACCCGGCUCCGGAUCGGCGGCUCGGGGUUCUCUGAGGGCGGCGUGACGGCGGCGGGCGUGUCCUGCAGCGUCGUGAUGCUGAACUACACCCACAUCCUGUGCGACACGGCGCCGUCGGCGGAGCGCUCCGGGGACGUGGUGUUCCACCUGGGCCAGAUCCGCAGCUCCUGCUCCUCGCUCUGCUCCUUCCGGUUCUCCUCCGCCGUCACGCCCAGCGUCGGCGGCGUCUCGCCCAGCAGCAUCAGCGGCCCGACCGACGUCCUGGUCUCCGGCUCCGGCUUCGGCAGCAUCGUGGACGACGUGUCGGUCCUGGUGGGCUCCACGCCACUGCGGCCGGCGGCGGUGAGUGACGGGAACGUGACGGUGCGGGUCGGAGCGCUGCCGGCCGGAGACCACCCGGUCCGGCUGCUGAUCGUUCAGAAGCAGGAAUUAACCCUUGGUGGACCAGAGGAGCUGCUGUUAGUGGAUGUAUCUGUGUCUGAUGCUCCUCAGCCUGAGCUGUUCUUGCUUCCUGCAGGGCCGAGCGGCGCCGCCAUCACGCUCAGCGGAUCGGGGUUCGGUUCCGACUCCGAGCUCGUCUCCGUCACCAUCAACGGCGUUUCCUGCGACGUGUCGGCCGUUUCCGACUCCCAGCUGCGCUGCACGACGGGAAGCAACCCGGGCGGCACCUAUCCGGUCGUCCUGCACCACGGGGUCAAAGGUCACGCCCGGUCGGCGGUGGAGUUCACAUACGAGCUGACGCUCAGCGGCGUGCAGCCCAACGAGGGUGAGGACGGAACCGGACGGUGGAACCAACCAGAGCAGGACGUGUUAGCUGAUGGGAUCAAACCGGUUCUGAUUUACACCCCCACACACACACACCCAUACCCACCCCUCAGCAGGAGGAACUUUGUCCUCUCUGCGUCUCUGCAGGACGCAGCAGCCAUCUUCCUGUAUGUGGACGUUUGGUCGUCCCGGUUCACCUGGGGGGGCCUGCCCCCCCCCGAGCGCGGCUCCGUGGCGGUGAUCGCUAAAGGUCAGACGGUGCUGCUGGACGGCAGCACGCCGGUGCUGAAGAUGCUCCUCAUCCAGGGAGGAACGCUGAUGUUCGACGAGGCCGACCUGGAGCUGCGGGCGGAGAACAUCCUCAUCACGGACGGAGGGCGGCUCCAGAUCGGCCAGGAGGGGGCGCCCUUCCAGCACAAGGCCAUCAUCACACUCCAUGGUCACCUGCGCUCUCCUGAACUUCCUGUCUAUGGAUCCAAGACGCUGGGCGUCAGAGAGGGCGUCUUAGACCUGCAUGGUAUUCCUGUUCCCGUCACCUGGACACACCUGGCCCAGACCGCCGCCAGCGGCUCCGCCACGCUGGCGCUGAUGGAGGCCGUGACCUGGAAACCUGGAGACGAGGUCGUCGUCGCCUCCACCGGCCACCGGCUCAGCCAGAGGGAAAACGAGGUGAGAACCAUCGCCGCCGUGUCAGCCGGCGGAAAAACUCUGACCCUGACCGAGCCGCUGAGCUUCUCCCACCUGGGCGUGUCCGCCACGCUGCCCACCGGCGCCGUGUUCCAGGCCCGGGCCGAGGUGGGCCUCCUCACCAGGAACGUCGUGGUCCGAGGCUCCCAGAACCUCGACUGGAGCGACGAGGUCGAAGCGUGUCCCGACGGCUUCAACACAGGUGAAUUUGCCACGCAGACGUGUUUCCAAGGCAGGUUCGGAGAGGAAAUCGGCAGCGAUCAGUUUGGUGGUUGCAUCAUGUUCCACGCUCCCAGGCCAGGACAGAACCUCGCUCUGGGCAGACUGGAGUAUGUUGAGAUCUUCCACGCCGGUCAGGCCUUCAGGCUCGGUCGGUACCCCAUCCACUGGCAUCUGAUGGGCGACAUCAACUACAAAUCGUACGUCCGGGGCUGCGCCAUCCACCAGACCUUCAACAGGGCCGUGACCAUCCACAACACCCAUCGGCUGCUGGUGGAGCACAACGUCAUCUACGACAUAAUGGGCGGAGCCUUCUUCAUCGAGGACGGCAUCGAGACGGGGAACAUUCUGCAGUACAACCUGGCCGUGUUUGUCAAACAGAGCACCAGCCUCCUGAACGAUGACGUCACCCCUGCUGCCUACUGGGUCACCAAUCCCAACAACAUCAUCCGGCACAACGCCGCAGCAGGAGGGACCCACUUCGGUUUCUGGUACCGGAUGCACGACAACCCCGAUGGGCCGUCGUACAACCCAAACAUCUGCCAGAAGAGGGUUCCCCUCGGCGAGUUCUCCAACAACACGGUGCACUCCCAGGGAUGGUUCGGUCUCUGGAUCUUCCAAGAGUUCUUCCCCAUGAAGGACGGACGCUGCACCUCCACAACCCCAGAACCCGCUGUCUUCCACUCCCUGACCACCUGGAACUGCGAGAAAGGCGCAGAGUGGGUCAACGUUGGCGCCGUGCAGUUCAACAACUUCCUCAUGGUCAACAACGAGAAGGCCGGCAUCGAGGCCAAGCGCAUCUUCCCGUGGGCUGUGAGUGGCUUUGGGGAGGACGGCGGCGCCACGGUCUCCAACAGCACCAUCGUGGCCCACGUGGAUGAACUCGGCCUGGGCAGCGAUUACUGCACGCGCCGGGGCGUCAUCGCGCCGUUUGAUGACGGCAUGAGCGUCCUCAACACUCGGUUUGUUAACUUCAACCGGAGCAACUGCACGGCCAUCGGAGUGACCUCCAUCGAUGGGACUUGUACAGAUCGCUGCGGCGGCUGGGCCGUCAGGUUCGCCGGGAUCCAGUACAGGAACUCCCCCAACAAGGCCGGAUUCAGGUGGGAGCACGAAGUCCAGCUGGUGGACACGGAUGGCUCCCUCACAGGAAAUGUGGACCAUAAGGUGGUGCCGCUGAGCAGCCUGCUGGACCCGGCCCACUGUUCCCACAGCGCCGAGUGGAGCGUGGGUUUCCCCGCAGCCGUCUGCGACCACACCGUCAGCUUCCAUCGCCUGGCGUUCAACAACCCCACUCCGACCUCUCUGCAGGCCAAAGAUGCCAUCCUGACCAACUCGCAUGGCAGCAGCGCGGUUCCUUACCUGAAGAAGAGGAUGACCCAUAAGUUCGGCUGGAUGGCGCUGCUGCCGUCCGGACAGACGUACAACUGGCACUUCGACAACGCCGACCACAUCACCAACAUCACCUACGACGCCAAGUUCUACGGCUUCAAGUCGGAUCAGUUCGUCAUCAUCAAGCACAACUUCACCCAGAGACCCGACAGCUUCCACAUCCUGGACGACAGGAACGGCUCGUCCGCGGCGCUGAGCUUCAGCGGCAACGACAACGGAGACUGGUUCCUCAACACGACCACCAACGACCUCUUCUACCUCAUUUCUGGGAAGACGAGCCGGCGGCGGCGGCGCAGCAGCGUGGAUCGCUCCAUGACUGACGUCACCACUAACCUGGCCGUCCAUCGCUGCUUCUUCCAUCAGUGCGUGGCUCCGGCCCCGGCCACGCCGGCUCCCGUCCCCAGCCGCCGACCCAACGACUUCCUUCUGUGGUCUGAUGCUUCAUUCUGGAAAAGUUCUGCGGAGAACAACUUCACUGUGCCAGUAGAGGGCGCCGAUGCGGUCAUCCCUUCAGGGAAGUGGGUCGUUCUGGACCGAGACACGCCGUCCCUCAGCAGGCUCACCGUCUCCGGGGUUCUAGAGGUUCUGGACUCCCCGAACAGAACCCUGGUGAUCAACGCCGUCUACGUCUCCAUCCAGGGCGGCAGGCUGCUGGCCGGGUGGGACGGCGAGCCGUUCCAGGGCCGGCUGGAGAUCCGGCUCCGAGGGAACCACCACACGCCUGACUGGCUGCUGCCCGGCGGACCCAACCAGGGAUCCAAGGUCCUGGGUGUGUUCGGUACUUUGGACCUGUACGGUCGGCCUCCAGGCGUUUACCGCACCAAGCUGGCCGCCACUGCCGCUGCCGGGUCCGACUCACUGGUUCUGGUGCAGCCCGUCGACUGGAAGGUUGGAGACCAGGUUGCCGUCUCCACCUCCGGCUACAGCGCCGCGGAGACGGAGAAACGUUGGAUCGCGGCGGUGUCGGCUGACGGCCUCAUCCUGACCCUGAACCAGCCAUUGGACCACACUCACUUGGGUGGAACACACUCUGUCCCCGGGUCGUCCUUCUCCUACGCUCUGGCGGCGGAUGUCGGCCUCCUGAGCCGGAACAUCCGGAUCAUCGGCGAGGAGUAUCCAGCGAUGAUGGUGGAAUCCUUUGGCGCCCGGCUGCUGGUGGGAACUUUCUCCAGUGGCGGAGUCAGCUAUCAAGGUAAAGCCCAGAUCAGGAAUGUGGAGUUCUUCCGCUCCGGCCAGGAAGGCUGGACCGACUACUCCGACCCGCGGUACUCUGUGGCGUUCCUGAACCUGGGAGAGGUUUCAGGGAACGACUCGUACAUCCAGGGCUGUUCCUUCCAUGACGGUUUCUCUCCGGCCAUCGGCGUCUUCGGGACGGCGGGUCUGAGCAUCGACGAUAACGUUGUCCAUCACACGGUGGGCGAAGGAAUCCGCGUUUGGGGCGAUCGGAUCAUGCUGAGGAGGAAUCUGGUGAUGAUGUCACUGUGGCCCGGAUCGUAUCAGGACAGAGAGGAACCCUUCAACUUCCAGUGGAACGCUGCCAUCGAGGUGAGCGAGGGCUCCGGCGUGGUGCUGCAGAACAACAUCGUGGCGGGAUAUGAGAGGGUGGCGUAUCGCAUCGACGGCGAGCCGUGCCCAGGCUUCCAGAACCCGAACGAGGCCUGGGUCCAGAACGAGGCCCACGGCGGUCCGUACGGCGUCUACCUCAACAAGGACGGCCUGGCCGGCUGCAGCUUCAUCCGAGGAUUCUUCGUCUGGAAGGCCUUUGACUUCGCCAUCUACUUCCAGGUCGUCAUGGAUGUGGUGGUUUCCAACGUGACGCUGGUGGAUAACGGGAUGGGCAUCAUGCCCCUGGUUUUCGCCCCGCCCUCUCUGUCUCACGCCUAUGCAGACAAGUCGGUGCGCGUCCAGAAUUCCCUGAUCGUGGGCAGCAGCCCGGCCUUUAACUGUUCGGACACGCUGAGCUCCGACGACUUCAACGUCGCCACCACGUCUCUCCACCGAGCGCCCAGACCGCCGCAAGGAGGUCGAUCCGGAAUCUGCUGGCCGACCUUCCAGUCCGGACACAACGCGGCUCCGGCCAAACCGCAUCACCUGAACAUGAACUACAACGCCAUCAAAGGCCUGAUGACGGUCACAGACACGACCUUCGUUGGUUUCCGUGACGUCUGCUCCGGAGAGAGGAACGUCGUGUUCAUGACCAACCCUCUGAACGAGGACCUGCAGCACCCCCUGCAGGUCUCGGCCGUCAGGACGCUGGACAGCGCCGAGGACAACCGGGUCUUCAUUCACCGGCCCGAUGUCAGCAAAGCGAACCCGGCCGACUGCGUGGACAUGGACUGCGACGCCAAGAAGAAGAGCUUGUUGACGGACCUGGACGGCUCGUUCCUGGGCGCGGCGGGCAGCGUGGUGCCGCAGUCCGAGUUCGAGUGGGGAGGCGACCCCCGGCGGGGGCUGGGCGACCACCGCCUCCCCAAAGUCAUGCUGACGUUCCUGAACGGCAGCCGGAUCCCCGUGGAGCAGGUGGCGCCUCGGAAAGGGGUCAUCAGGAAAAACUGCACCUACAUGAGCGCCUGGCAGAGCUACAGGUGCUUCGGCCUGAACUACCGGAUGGUGGCCAUCGAGAGCCUGGACUCGGACACGGAGACCCGCCGUCUGUCCCCGGUGGCCGUGCUGGGGGACGGCUUCGUGGACCUGAUCAACGGCCCUCAGGAUCACGGCUGGUGUGCAGGAUACACCUGCCAGCGCCGGGUGUCUCUCUUCCACAGCAUCAUGGCCACCGGACGCGCCUUCGACGUCUACUUCACCGGCGUCAGCCCGCAGAAGCUCCGCCUCCUGAUGCUCAACGCCGACCCGUCUGAGAGCGUCCUGGUGUCCGUCUUCUACUCCAACCCUCAGCGGCUGGACGUCUACGUGGAGGACCGGCUGGUCGCCCCGAGCAACGCCGUGUGGAACCAGGACGGGUCCGACUACGUCCUGAGGGAGCCGGCGUACGCAGGUGAGUUCGUCCCUCACAUCAACGCCUCCAUGGGAACCAACUUCUUCGACCAGGACUACAAGAUGCUGAAGGUUCUGCUGAGAGGUUCCGGUCCGCUGGAGAUCAGGACCGCCCCGGUUCUGGUCCUGGCCUUCAACAUGCCCGCCCUCACCGAGGACCAGUUCUUCGGAGACAGCCUGGUCCAGAACCUGGCUCUGCUGCUCAGAGUUCCCGCCAACAUGAUCCGCGUCUCCCGGGUGGUGAGGGAGGGCGGCGGCGCCGCGCGGCGCAGGAAGAGGUCCGCGGGCCUGACGGUGGAGGUGGAGAUCCGGAAGCCUCCGGUCCAGCAGAGCGCCAGCAGCGCCGCGGGUGAGGAAGACUUUGAGCUGCUGAAGAACAUCGCAGACGAUCUGGGUCAGGCGGCGCUUUCCGGGAACCUCAGCCGGUCCAUCGGCUUCAACGUCUCCUCCGUGGGAAUCACCGCGCCGCCGCCCGCGUCGUCGGACCCCAGCUGGAGCCAGGUGGCAGCAGAGGACGUGUCCAGAGACCAACCCAAGGCGAGCUACGUGUCGAGCGUGGCGCGGCUGCUGCUGAUCCAGGAUCCGGUGGCCGGAGAGGCGGUGGGUCCGCUGCUCCAGCAGCCGGUUCUGAUGGCCGUGGACGACCAGGGUAACUGUGUCUCGGUGGGUGUGACCUCGCUCACCGUGACGGCCAGCCUGAAGAACACCAGAGGCAACCUGGUGGGAGGACUGGACGGUAACGCCACCAUCCGCUUCAGCAGCUGCUGGGCCAACUUCAGCGACCUCUCCAUCCUGACCAGUGGGGAGAACCUGACCAUGGUCUUCACUCUGAAGGACUGGAGCGCCCAGUCUAGAUCCUUCUCUGUGGCGGAUACCAGCACCGAGGCCCCGCCCCGCCCCACCGUGGCCCCGCCCCGCCCCACCGAGGGCGGCAGCGUGUUCAGCUCCAGCUCGGCCGUGUCAGCAGGUGGACUCUGUCUGAUCAGCGUCAUCUACGAAGUGGCCUGCUGCUCCACUAGCCUCCCCCUCUGCUAGAGCGCCCCCUGCUGCCCAUCAACAUGGUUUCUUUGGGGUUCUUUGGGUUUCUCGUGUCACGUAGAUCAACUCCAUAAUGACGGGUUCUGAUCCAAUUCAGUCCCAGAAAUCUAAACUCCUGAAUCUGGAUCAAGUUUUCAGGUUUUGUUUCGUAUUUGAAUCUGAGCUGCAGUAAAACCUCUGAGUGAUUCUGAAGGAAUGAAGUUUCUUUGUUUCUGAUUCAAUAAAGUCUUUUAUCCCUCUG